AUGGCCUCUUCAACGGCUGUAUCUAAGGCUUCCGAGGUGGCCGAGGUCGAACUACCCGACUCCGAGGAGCUAGAACUAGUGGCUUCAUCGUCGUGGUUUAUUUUGGAUAUCUGCCUCGGCAAGCCCCCUCUCCCUUCCCUCCUCAGCCACCAUUGCCUCCACAUCUACGCCGGCCCUGUCGCCCGCUGCCGAUCCGCCUCCCUCACCUUCACUUACCUCCUCCACUCCCGCUACAUAUCCAAAUCGGAUCUGGCUUCCUACACCGAUGACCCCGCUCACAUCAGCGUCGUCAAUAAUUACGUCAAGUCAGUCGUUGACGACGUCAUGGCCGUCGAUUGGGUGGCUGACGGCUUCUCCGGUUCGGUGGCGGUCCCUCCGGGGUCGUUGCUGCGGCUAACGGUGAUGAAGCCGAAGGAGGAGGAGGCAUGGAAGGGUGAGAUUUUGGGGAUUGUGAGGGGGAUGAAGGAGAAAUUUGAUUCGAUUGAGCAGCUUACGGUUGGGGAGAAUUUCUCGCCGGGAAGGAGCAAGGGUUUCUCGAAUGCGUCGAUUGCAGUGGCGAAGGACCUUGAAUCGAAUGCUAAAAUUUAGGAUCAUGUUUAGAGGCUAGGUUCACUGUGUUUAUCUGUAUCAGCAGCUCUCAAAUCAGAUCUAUUUAGCUAAUUUCUGAAAUUAGAUUGAGUUUUUAUGAUUUUGUAGCUGCAAUCGGCAGUUGAUGAGCAUUUGAUUUAUCAUUUAGUGAUUGGAAAAAUGUUGAAUUUUU